AUGUCACCGAAUUCUCUCUCAAGCAAAUUCAUCACCAUCUCCGUGGGCUUAGAGGGUCAGGACGACAAUUUUGACCGUAUCCAGCGGUUUUGGGAAAAUCUGCAGAUUUCAGCAUACGAGCCUGCGGCGGAACCAGAGUGCGAUAUAUUCUCGUUUGCCCAAACUGCUGUGUUCUUUGGAAUUGUCCACAAAACCACUGUUCCCGAAACCACAAAUAUUGAGGACGACGCUCACAAGAAAGUAGACGAAUGGCGCAAGGUCACCAAUAUUUUGUCUUCUUCGUCUUCUGCAUCCAAGAACAAUUAUAAACCAGUUUCUCCUUCGAAGCUGAGAGGCAGUGCUAUCGACGCUGAGGCCAUAGUUGGACAGGCUUCCAGCUCGCCACAUAACGAGGAUUCCGUGAAUAAUGCGAAAAUGCCCGAUGGCCUUACCAUUGACAGUGACGACGACUGGUGGAACUCGCAUUUUCCAGCAGCUAUUCUUCCCGCCAUGAAAAGGACAUACAAUACUUAUCAACAGCAUCGAAAACUUGGAGAGCAGGGCAGGCUAGAAUAUUCGUCGACCGACGCCGAGCCUCUUCCGGUUGAUUCCACCACAACCCCAAACCAAUUCAAGCUCGACAACGACCAGUCUGAUGAAGAGCAGUUGACCCAGUCAAGGCUGCAAGCAGAACCAACAAUCGAGCCUCAGCAUACACCGUCGCGCUUGGAGCAGCUAUUGGAUGGCUGGGAACAGAGAUUACCGCGAACUUCAACUGCGCAGUCGCAAACCAUCAGCUCCCUCCCGGCCCCCCGAGACUCACCACAAGUACGCUCAGAACCCGAAAGAUUCCCCAGAGUAAAUGCGCACACUCUGGCCUACCAACGUCCCGAAUAUCCACCUCAUCAAUACUCACCACCAAGCUCGGGGGAUAUCAUAGGACUGGUUUACCUCACCGGCUCGCCGUUUGUCAUGGGACCUCCUGGCGCAACCCAAAUUCCGGAGGUUAAUGUUGGUGUCUUUAUCGACGAGCCGUAUCGCCGGAAGGGAUAUGCGCGGGAGACCAUCAAACUCGUCCUGGCAAAUGCAUUCGAAAAUCUCAAGGUCCAUCGCGUUCAAGCAACUCUCAUUGGACACGUGACUAGAAACCAUAUGAGUUCAAUUCUCACGCAGCUAUUUUUCACUCAUGAAGGCACCGCACGUGCCGCCUUUUACCAUCCAUUCGUCCAAGAAUGGCAGGACAUGACUCGAUUUGGGAUCCUUGACACCGACUGGAGUAUGCGUCAGCUCUGGAAACCUGCGCCCAAGUCUAUGUGGGACGAGCUCUUCACGCGCCACGAACGUGAGCGUGACGAACUGCUUCGGUGGGAGGAGAAAACUGGUCGCGUCAAACGUUCGGCCAGUUUAGAGACCUUGCGGGCUCCGCCUCCGGAUUCUGUGUUUGAUUUGACCAUGUCGGAAAGCGAUUUAGCCGCCAAAAGCUGGAAGGGAAAAGAGAAGGCGAAAACCAGCGACAAUGAGGCUGAGACCGACUAUGAAGGCCCAAUUCAAUCGGCGCGGUUGAGAGGACAGAGCGAACAAGGGUAUCUGUCAGAUGCAGAUAGUGCUGCUUCGUUCGACCAGACUGAAAUGGGGACCGUGUUUGAUAUGGCAGGAAGCGCUCGCUUAGCCCGCGUGUCCACUAGCUCAUCAAGCAGUGACUCGUUCUCCGAUAUCGAGUCUGAGGCGAGCAUGCCAGAAUCAGUCGUGUCGACUAGCGGUGUCAGCUGGAGCAGCGACUCUUGGGAUGAUAUCAUGUGGGACGACGACAAUAUUCCCGAGGAAUGGGAGUAG